AUGUCUGAUCAUGACAGUAAUCUGAACAAAUACAGUAAAUUGCGAAGUAUAUACAAAUACCACAUUAAUUCAUACGAUGCGUUGUAUCAGCUGAAAACUGGAAAAGAAGAAGAUUUAAACUCAAUUUACAAAAUGAUCAAAACAAAUUUGAUUGACUCAAAGAAUCGUCCUCCCCAAAUUAUAAUAAAAGAUAUUUUGAAUAUCAUUCCGUAUAAUAAUCGCUAUACAAAAUCAUAUUUAUCUCUUGCCAAACUCAUUUCAGAUGAUUAUCAAAUAAAAGAGGUCCGCAAUGUUGAACUUGUUUCAAACUUUUUGUUUUACAAAGAGUAUGGCAUACAAUUAGACAAGUCUGCUGAUUUCGACAAAAUUAAAUCAGAAAAUCUAGACAUUCUUAAAGAAAAUACAAUUUACAGAGUAAUUAUGAAUAAUGACUUAGAAGUAUUCAUUUCAUUCACUGAAAGAGAAGAAUUUGAUGAAAAUCAAAAACUUAAAAGCAACUUAUAUCCAUAUUAUUACGAUGGAUAUUCAUUACUUGAAUUAUGUUGUUACUAUAGAGCAGUUGAUUGUUUCAAGUUCUUAAGAACUAAAUUUAAAUCAGAAAUAACAAAAAUGUGUCUAAAAUUUUCAUUUUUGGGAAGAAAUCAAGAGAUAAUGAGUGAAUGUUUGAAACAUCAAGAACCAGAUAAAGAAUGCAUGGAAUAUGCAAUUAUUUCACAUAACAUUGAUUGUGUAACAUUCUUAGUGAAUGAGUACAUCAUAAGUAUCGACUUAUCUGCUUGCGAAAAAUAUAAUAAUCUUGAUUCAUUUUUAGUUUUUUACGAUCAAACUAAUCUUUUAAUCAGCUGCUUGAUUUUUUCACCGUUGUUUAAUAUUCCAUCCCUUUGUGAAUAUUUCCUUUCAUUAGUUGCAGAUAUUAAUAAAAAACUUUUGGAUGGAAAAACAGCUCUUCAUAUUGCAGCAUUGCAUAAUAGUAAAGAAGCAGCCGAAUUUCUUAUUUCACAUGGUAUAAAUAUCAAUGAAAAAGAUAAAUAUGGAGAAACCGCUCUACAUAUUGCAACAAGGAAUAGUUAUAAGGAAAUAGUCAAACUUCUUAUUUCACAUGGUGCAAAUGUCAAUGAAAAAGAUUAUUAUGAAAAAACCGCUCUUCAUAUUGCAGCACAAUAUAAUAAAAAAGAAAUAGCCGAACUUCUUAUUUCACAUGGUGCAAAUGUCAAUGAAAAAGAUUAUUAUGAAAAAACCGCUCUUCAUAUUGCAGCACAAUAUAAUAAAAAAGAAAUAGCCGAACUUCUUAUUUCACAUGGUGCAAACCUCAAUGAAAAAGAUAAAGAUGGAGAAACCGCUCUUCAUUUUGCAAAAAGGAAUCAUAGUAAAGAAACAGCCGAACUUCUUAUUUCACAUGGAGCAAAUAUCAAUGGUAAUUUUUGUGUGGAAAGAAAGUCUAAAUGUUAUAUAUAG